GCCACCAGGGAAGCCCACCACACUGUUUUGAUUACCAUCUUUGGAAGUUGCUUCUGUAAAUUAGGUGUGAAUUCUUUUUGGAGCAAGGAAGACAUCCUGGACUGUGGAAAGAGGUUAACAAGAGGCCUGUGCACAGGACUCUGCACUUGUUCAAGAGAAGAAUCUAAAGAAAUCCAAGCAGGACAGGUAGUUCUAAAAGCCAUGACCCAGGGAUUGGUGACAUUUAGGGAUGUGGCCAUAGAGUUCUCUCAGGAAGAAUGGAAGUGCCUGGAACCUGCCCAGAAGGACUUGUACAAGGAUGUAACUUUGGAGAACUUCAGUAACUUGGUCUCACUAGGACUUUCCCUUUCUAAGCCCGAUGUCAUCUCCUUACUGGAGCAAGGGAAAGAACCCUGGAUGGUUGUAAAUGAUAUGACAGGACCAUGGUGCCCAGACUUGGAGUCCAGGUGUGAUAAAUUUCUACAAAAAGAUAUCUUUGAAGUAGAGUCAUUCGAUUGGGAGCUGAUGGAAAGCCUUACAUGCUGUGCUUUUGAGGGCUCCAGUUUUAGAGAUGACUGGGCAUACAAAAGCCAGUUUGAAAAACAACAAGUAAAUCAUGAGUGCUCUUUCAAGCAAGUGAAAAUCACCUAUGGAAACAUGCCCGCUUUUGAGCAUCAUACAUCCCUCACCCUACAUCCCAGCAAUGAGACUGGUGAGAAACUGAUUGAAUGUAAUGAAUGUGGGAAAGCAUUUAGCCGUGGCUCACACCUUAUUCAACACCAGAAAACUCAUACGGGUGAAAAGCCCUUUGAAUGUAAGGAAUGUGGGAAAGCCUUCAGUCGUACCUCUCACCUUGUUCAACAUCAGAGAAUUCAUACAGGUGAGAAACCUUAUGACUGUAAGGAGUGUGGGAAGACCUUUGGUCGUACUUCAGAACUUAUUCUACAUCAGAGACUUCAUACUGGUGUCAAACCCUAUGAAUGUAAAGAAUGUGGAAAGACCUUUAGACAGCACUCACAACUUAUUCUGCAUCAUAGAACUCAUACAGGUGAGAAACCCUACGUAUGUAAAGACUGUGGCAAGGCUUUUAUUCGCGGCUCGCAACUUACUGUUCAUCGGAGAAUUCAUACAGGUGCUAGACCCUAUCAGUGUAAAGAAUGUGGGAAAGCCUUUAGACAGCAUUCACAGCUUACUGUGCAUCAGAGGAUUCAUACUGGGGAGAAACCCUAUGAAUGUAAGGAGUGUGGCAAGGGCUUUAUUCAUAGCUCAGAAGUUACUCGACAUCAAAGAAUUCAUUCUGGGGAGAAACCCUACGAAUGUAAAGAAUGCGGGAAGGCCUUUAGACAGCACGCACAGCUUACACGACAUCAGAGAGUUCAUACAGGUGACAGACCCUAUGAGUGUAAAGAUUGUGGGAAGGCCUUUAGUCGUAGUUCGUACCUUAUUCAGCAUCAAAGAAUUCAUACAGGCGACAAACCCUACGAAUGUAAGGAAUGUGGGAAAGCCUUUAUUCGUGUUUCACAACUGACUCAUCAUCAGCGGAUUCACACUUGUGAGAAACCCUAUCAAUGUAGGGAAUGUGGAAUGGCCUUUAUUCGUAGUUCACAGCUUACUGAACAUCAGAGAAUUCAUCCUGGUAUCAAACCUUAUGAAUGUAGAGAAUGUGGGCAGGCCUUUAUUCUUGGCUCACAGCUCAUUGAACACUACAGAAUUCAUACUGGCUAGAAAGCCUUAAUGUUAGGGAUGUAGGAAAGCCUUUAUGUGGAAUUCAUGCCUGACUCAGUAUUAGAUAAUGCAUAAUGUAAUUAUUGUCAGAGAACCUUCAUUUGUCCCCUCCAUUAUGGAACAUCAGGUAACUCAUACCAGAAGAAAAUUCAAUAAACAUGGGAAUUCUUUUUGCCUCACACUCACUGUUUACUAAGCAUCAGAGAUCUUACACUGAAAAAAAAUUAAUAUGAAUAUAGAAGAGCCUCCUGUUACCACUCAAAAUAUGUUAAACUUCUGAGAAUUCCUAAUAGAAAAUGACCCUAUUAAAACAUUUUGUGACUGUGCCUUUCGCCAUGUACCUUACUUAACAUUAUCUCACUUCCAGCAAUUACUGACUGUAUAACAUUGGGUAAAUUAUGCAAUGUCUGUGUUCCUCAGUUUACUUAUUUUUAAGCAGUGAUAAUUAUAUGUACCUAAUAGAGUUUAUGUGAAGAUUGUCAGAUAUUUUAUAUAAAGCCUAUGCUCAAUAAAUACUAUUGUCAUUAAUUAAUAA